AACCGCUGGCAUAAAUAGCUACUCCACUCAAGGUGUAGUAAAUCUGCUCCUCUGUCAGUGCAAUAUUGCGGUCACCAUGCGAGUCUUACUUUUGUUAUGUUUGCUGGUCCCGCUUGGAGUUUCGUGCCGAUAUAUGAGACGCCACAAACAGCCAUAUAUGAGACGCCACAAACAGGGUGGUCCUUCACCACAAAAAACGCAAGAAAUUGUAGAAAUGUUGCAAAACAUGCCCCUGGAUGUUGACGCUGAAUCAACGGAACCCUUACCUGCAUAUCUUAUGCCCAUUAUUGCCCCCUAUGCUGAACAGGCUGCAAAGGAAGUGGCAAUGAAAACACUACAAUCAGGGCCCAAUGCAUGGGUAGCAGAGAAUCCAGAGGUAAAGGCGGCAGUGAACGCAGCAAUAGAGAAAGCUAUAGCUCAGCAAUUUAGGACCAGCUGAAAACUCGAGGCACUCCAGCACUUUGUCUUCUUCUUCGAUGAAAUAAAAAAUAAAUAUAUAAAAUAUAUUUUUAUUUUCAGAA